AACUGAAAAUGUUUUUUUUUUUUGGUAACUGUGAUUCGAAAGCAUGGUAUCCUAAAAUAAAUAACUAGCAAGGUGCAUAAGAUAUGGAACACCGAGUUUAGGGGAAGAAGAAAAUAGGGUUCACUGAAAUGGCAUUAGCAGUAUCCCUUAGCGCUUCUUCUUGUACCUGCUUCCACACCCACCUCCCCUAUUCCAACUCAAACAGAUACAAAACCUCCUCCAUCAACUUACCUCUUCGCCUCAAUCUCCAUGACAACGCCCCAAAUUCCAACAAAAACUCGUUGCUUCUUAGUAUUUCUGCCUCAACUUUUGUGUUUGUGGGUUUGGGUCUUUGCAUUUGCUCCUCCGCUUCCGCCCUUACUCCACUGCCCCGUCACUUCCAAAAAGUGGACAGCAGUUCAGCAGCAACACUACAAGAAGAAGAUGAUGAGAAAUCGGACGCAGCUUUUAAGAUUUGGAAAUCUAAAUCUUAUGCUCUCACGGUUCCUCUUUCCAUGGUUGCUCUUCAGGGCUCCAUACCUCCCUCUUGGUCCAAGGAUUUCAUCUCCUCUCAAUCCAGGCGCUUAAAGCUCCAAACCAAAUUCCGCCCAACUCUUGAAGAUAUAUUCACUCAGUUAUGCCUGCCCUUUACCCAAGCCAAAGCCAAAGUGAAUAUUGGGCCUGCAUCUCCAGCUGCUGCUGAUAUUCUCACCCUAGGUGACUCUUGGCUCCCUUUAGCUAUUAAAAAAGCUGUUAUUGAACCCAUUACUGCUGCUGAACACCAGGAUUGGUUUAAGGAUUUAAGUCGCAAAUGGAAGGUUUAUCUACGCAGGAACCUCAAUGGAGAUAUUGAUCCACAAGGUCAGAUAUGGGCUGCACCCUAUCGAUGGGGUACCAUGGUCAUAGCAUAUAAGAAAACCAAAUUUCAAAAGAAAAACUUGCCUCCUAUGCAGGAUUGGGCAGAUUUGUGGCGGCCUGAACUUGCUGGAAGAAUUUCAAUGGUGAAUUCCCCCAGAGAGGUUGUCGGUGCAGUUUUGAAGUACAUGGGUGCAUCAUACAACACAACAGACAUUGACUUGCAAGUUGCUGGUGGGAGGAAUGCUGUCCUGCAGAAUCUUGAAUUACUUGCAAGACAGGUUAAAUUAUUCGACAGUGCAAACUAUCUCAGAGCAUUUUCAGUGGGAGAUGUUUGGGUGGCUGUUGGGUGGAGUAGUGAUGUUCUUCCAGUUGCAAAGCGUAUGUCAAACGUUGCAGUUGUUGUUCCCAAGUCUGGAGCAAGCUUAUGGGCUGAUCUAUGGGCAAUCCCAGCUGCCUCGAGACUUGAAACAAACCGUAUUGGGGGCCGUGUCAGAGGUCCAUCUCCGCUAAUGCAUCAAUGGGUGGAAUUCUGUUUACAGGCAGCGAGUGGCCUCCCUUUCAGGCAAGGGAUAACUGCUGGCGCAUCUCCGGCUGCCCUGGACAGUGGUCCCGUCAAAUUGCCUGAAGAGCUCACUAAAGGUAAGCCAAAGCUAGACUCAAAUCUAGUUGCUGGAGUGCCACCACCUGAAAUAUUGGAAAGGUGCGAGUUCUUGGAGCCAUUAUCUGAUGCAACAUUGUCCGAUUAUCAAUGGCUCAUUGAUAACAUGCCCAAAUCUGGCCCUGGUAUUAUAGAUCAUGUCUUGUCAAUAUUUGGAACUUUGAAGAGGCUGAAAUUGAGUUGGAUUUAGUUUUUUGUAGUCAUGUAUGUUUUUCUUUCCUUUUCAGUCGCGGUGCCAAAUUAACCGUUAAUUUGUAAAUCUCGAGUACUUGCAAAAUUCUUUCUAAAAUGUUAAGUUGCCCACCAAAUACAAAGGGCUUACGAUUUUAUUAUUUCA